AUGGAGGUGCUGGACUUGCCUAAGCGCAAUUCACCCGUUUCACAACCCACCGCUGUCGCAAUGGGACCAACAUCUUCCCAUCCUGAAGAGAAGGCGUCGGAUGCCCCAUACAUGGUGGACGAUGACUUUGCUGGAGAUGAUGAAGAUGCCGAUGAUGAUUCUAUUUCGCCUAUUUCUGAGAGAGCACCUCCAUGGUCUGGAACUCGCUGGGCUCGUUUUUUCCCCGAACUGUCAUCUCACUUCUCCUUGGCGUCCCCUACUCACAGUACCAAUCCGCCCUUUCCGCAAUUUCACACGAAGGGCCCGCCCCAUAUCGACGGUCCCUCACAGCAACCGGAAAGAAGGAGUAAAGGGCCUUCUUCUCUGUCGUCUGAAGAUGUGGCGGAUAACAGGUCAUCAAGUUACACUAGCAGGUCUUCCUUGACGAGUCAGGGAUCUGAAGCUACAUCGCCAGUUCAUAAAUUGGUGGAUAGUCUUCACAUAACGUCACCCACAAGGGCUGGCGUCUUUGACGAGUCAAAAUAUGCGCAUCAAAUUCCUCCUCCCUUCCCGAGCCGCUCUUCAAUUGCUCAGUCCAAAGACAAGCCUCUGCCUCAGGAGCCUCCCAUUGAGUUGACACCACUCUCAAUCCGUCAUAAAAACCCUCCAACCGGAUAUGUUGGUCGCUUGGAAUCUCUGCCACGUUCAAAGAAGCAUGCGAGUCAUCAUCAUCCGACGUUGUCGCAGGCGUGCAACGACCUGGAGAGGACUCUAGCCGGACUUGGUGAGCAGCCGCAGACGCCCGGGCAACUCUCCCCUCGCAGUCCUCUCCAGAUUCUAGACGGGCCUCUGCAGAUUAGUAGAGGCAAUAUGGACAUGGUUGCGACCCGACCAGCCCCUCGACCUCCUGCUAGCGUGCAUAACAAUCGUCAGAUCCACAAAGUCAAAUCCCGCGAAGAUGUGAAACAAACAAAGAAAUCACUGAAGAACAAACCGUCCUUUUCCUUCUCAGUACCAGCCUUCGGUCGGAAACUGAGUCGUGUCCAUCAGCGAUCCACCAGUAACACCAGCUCCAAGUCAGAACCUGAAUCCUACCGGGCCAGCAUCCUACAUCAGCCAGCUGUCGCAGAACUUGGAGACGGCGAGAUCGCUGAGCUACAGGGAUCUUCAGUCAUUGGUAUCCGUGAGAGACCUCUUUCCGCUGGCGGGGAGAAGGAACUUCGGAUGAGGCUUCCCCGCCUUCAGACAAAGGAAAUGGGGGAGUCCGGUCGGAGAAGGCCGCAUGAGAGAGCGAGGGGCGCUUCUGUCGGAGAUAAGUACUUCGUAUCGUACAGUAAGCUCGAUGGUAUCCCAGCCACUCGUCAACAUCAACAAACUUCGCAAACUUCAGCGAUGGUCUAUGAGCUGGAGGGCGGUUCCCCACAACCGCCAGCCGAGCUGCAAGGCGAUACCACCACCGCGAUCGAUGUACCUGUCAGGGUAUCUGUCAGUAAAUCUGUUGGAGCAAUGCCUGGUACUCUGCCUGACCGCGUUAUAUUAACGGUCUUGGAGCAUAUCACCUCCCUUGAUGACCUUUUCAAUGUUGCGGUAGCCCGCAGAGACUUCUAUCGAGUGUUUAAGAAGCACGAGUUGAAGCUUAUGCGGAUAGCUGUAUUCGCCAUGUCUGCGCCAGCUUGGGAGUUGCGCGAAAUGAGCCCGCCAUGGGAUACCGAAUGGCAAUUUGUGCUGGAUCCUGACGCCCCUGUGCCUGAAUACACGCCCAGCCGCUAUCUCAAGCGCUAUGCUGAGGAUAUAUACACACUGGCUCAUCUCAAAUCGCUUAUACUAGCUCGUUGUGGGACUUUUCUGCGCCCCGAAACGAUCCGUGGGCUAUCCGGCACUGACGAUGUUCGUGCCGCCGAGGUUGAUGAUGCCUUUUGGCGGGUCUGGACUUUCUGUCGCCUUUUCGGUUCCGGGAAAGGUAGAGAGGGAGACAUCGCGGGGCAGUUGGAUUGGUUGAGGGGUGGCAAGGUAGCCAGGAACCGACGUGUCUCGGAAUUCACGUCUAUAGCUGAUUCAUAUGACGCGAAUAGCGUUUUGUUCGAACCUCCUGCGGGAUUUGGGAACGGCAAUACAGGAGGCUUAUCAAAGGAGCAGCUUCUUGAUAUGACGGAGAUAUGGACCUGCUUAGGUGUGCUUCUUCAGCCAAUGCACGGUAAGUGUAUUGAAGCACGAGCAACUGGAGUAUUCGACGGGCAUAAUGUAGAGGCAGACGAUUCUGCCAAGGAAGAAGCAGUUUUAGAGGAGUGGACCUACUACAUUCUCACAUGUGGACUUUCAGCCGUCUUGGUGCUCGGCUCGAUUCAUCCCUAUGACAACACUACUGCUGUUUUCCAGAGAGCCCAUUCGAUGGGCUUGACCAACUGGGAAGCCUCUGACACUGGUGCGAGCCGUUCGUCAUUCCUGAGAGAGGCUGUGUCGAAAGCUUGCCAGCCACGGGGAAGUAGUACUUCUCAGGUUUCAAUGCGCUCUCCUGGCUUUGGCUCUCAACCUUCGGGGUCGCAUGAUGUAUCACAAACAUCUAACAUUCCCGGCGAGAGAGAGUCUUCGCCUGACUUUCAUCGCCGACGGCAAGCUGCCUACUCUGCCCAGUUAAGGAAUCAGAGGCAGCAGCAGCCCAGUCCACCCAAUCCUAUGCUUGCUGAAGAACGGCCCAUAUCGCAUUAUGCGACCAUCAUGAGCCGCCUAGAAGGCCUUCCGCCCGCGCCUCAGCCGCCCAUGUCUGUGUCAAGGAUAGAAAUACCGCCUACUACCCACUCUUACGUGACAAACGUGUCCUAUAUGCAACCCCUCCAACCAAUCACACCAGUGUACUACCCACCACAGGUUCGCGACCCUGUUGACCACGCCAUUGACAUCAUGGUUCGUGAACUUGGCUUUGCGGAAGAGGAUGCCAAGUGGGCCCUCAAGAUAACAGACAGUGGCGAAGGUAUAAAUAUGAAUGCGGCGAUAUCUUUACUCACCAGGGAACGCAGGACCCAUGAGCAGAGUAGCAGGGGAUUUUCCCUGAGGAAACGCAAAAGCUUUCUCUCCUCGGUCAUCAACAGUCCGGAGUCGAGACAUUCAGGCUGGAAAUGGGCUUGA